CAUUAGGUCAAGAAUAUACCAGGAGGAGUUGACAGCCCAAAUGGCAGAGACCGAUGCUACCAGGAGGCUGCAGAUCGGUACCGGUGGACGGUCCGAGAAGAUCCGCACCUAUAACUUCCCACAGGACAGAGUGACAGACCACAGACUGGGGAAGAACUGUCACAACAUUGACGUAUUCCUCCAUGGAGGCGAGGAUCUUGAUGACGUCAUUGUCAGUCCUAUGUGGGGCAUCAAGUAUGAGAUUAUUGAUGGCAUACUGGAGGAUUUUGACAACAAACGAAAAAGGACAAAUAAAGUAAAGAAGGCAUAGAUUCUGAUAAAAUCUUGUUGGUUCUACGGUGUGUGUUAUGGUUUCUAGUUUUUCUCAAUCUUAUUAAUAUCAGAUUUUUACUCAAAUAUGAUACUUCUCUGUCUGAGCCAAUCAGAUUUCAGCUUCAUAAAACAAUCCAGCUUCAUUUCUUCACUUUGCCUUUUGGGUAAUUUUGAUUUGUACAAAUGAAAACCAACAUGGAACACAAGUUAUCUCCAGUGGUACUCCCCCUUGGGUGUUGAUGUCAGGCGCUCAAAUAUAACAGGGUAUAUAAAAUGUGAAAGCAAUAUAAAGGUGUGGCCUUUUUUAUCGGCAUUCGGAACUUCAUGUUGGAGAUACAGAAAUCAGAUACACUGGUCUGCAUGUUUUGCUCCCUCGUACAUAGAAAUUUCGAAAUCGUAACACUUAUUGGCUGAUUAGAAAGUUCUGAUUCGACCUCCGAUGGAAGUGCCCUGUUAUUGGAGGGGUGGUCAUGAAAAAAUGACACAGGUUUUUUCU